AUGUCCCCAACCACACUCCCAACCGAUAUAACAUCACCCGAUAUGCGCCGAGCAUCCGAUAAAUCUCUCGCUCCCGAUGAAAAUAGCGUCACGGCAAUAAAUAUGCGUAAUCGAGCUAUUCUUUACGAAACGAAUCAUCCGGAUUAUAUUUUCCAGCCUUCGGUUUUGAAUUUGGUUAAUUGUGUGCCCAACGACGAAGCUUCCGAAGCUCGAUUCUUUAGUCGUGUAUCAGAAAGAAACUCCACCACGGCAGCUAUUCUCAAUGGCGCAGCCGAUACACCAGAACCUUCUAUCUCGAAACCCACCUCCACCUCUCAACCUCUAGACCCCACCUCUCAAACCCUAGAAACCCCAAGCGAGCAACAAGAAACCACCAAUACGGACCCAAGACCUCCCGCUUUCUUCCGCUGCUGCCAAUGUCAAUACACCUCCCUCCCGCCCACCUGCCAACGAAAAGCCGAAGAAAUAGGAAUUUUACAGACGAAACAACAGCGCGUGCUCGUUGUAAAUGCUGAAUGUGCACAUGCGCGCUGUAUGCGUUGUGUUAAUGUGGAUGAGGAUGGUGUGCGUAUUGGAGUUAAACCGUGGGAGUUGGAGUGGAGGGAUCCUGCUGUUUUGAGGGGGGUGUAA